GAGCGCGAUCCGCCCCGCCAGAGCCGCCAGCCGCCGCCCCGCCACGCCAGUCACCAACACCCAACAGAAUUUGAAGUGGUGGGAGACAGGGCGGGCCGUGUCGGCCAAACAUGCAAAGAUGAUUUUUACCGCACAUUUCUUUAGUUUCCUUUUGUGUGGUGUCCUUUGGUUCAACGGCGCUGCUGCAGAUUACACGUAUUAUGAAUGCAAUCAGCCUUUACUCGCCAAUGCUCGACUUACUGCAACUUCUUCACUGCGCGAAAGAGGGCCGGAUAAAGCCCAGUUGAAUAGUGCUACAUCAUGGUCAGCCGAGAGUUCCGAUUUCCAGCAGUAUUUCAUCAUAGACUUGGGAAAUGUCAUGAACAUUACUCGCAUCGACACUCAAGGCCGCAAGCACACUGUUGAGUAUGUAGCUGAGUACACCGUCAGUUACGGUACCAAUGGCCUUGAUUAUGCUGACUACAAGGAAGAUGAUGGCAACACAAAGAUGUUCAAGGGUAACCGAGAUUCAGAUUCCAUCAGACGUAAUUCCUUUGACAUUCCCAUAAUCGCUCAGUGGAUUAGAAUAAACCCCACAAGGUGGAACAACCGUAUUUCAAUGAGAGUUGAGGUCUAUGGGUGUGAAUAUGAAUCUGAUGUCAUAUCAUUCAAUGGAACCUCUCUAGUUCAUAUGGAUCUGAUGCGUGAGCCAGUCUCAGCUCUCAAAGAAUCUAUCCGUUUCCGUUUCAAAACCAAUCAAGCCAACGGGGUUGUCAUGUACAGCCGAGGCACACAAAAUGACUAUUUCGCAAUGCAGAUGAGGGAGAACCGCAUGUUACUCAACAUUAAUCUUGGUUCCGGAUUGAUGACAAGCUUAUCUGUUGGCUCUCUUCUGGAUGACAAUAUUUGGCAUGAUGUGGUUUACUCAAGAUAUAAAAGAGACAUCGUCUUUUCUGUUGAUCGAGUUGCUAUUAAAGGCAGAGUCAAAGGAGAAUUUCUUCGCCUUGAUUUAAACCAAAAAUUCUACAUUGGUGGAGUACCAAACAGGCAGGAAGGUCUCAUGGUAAAUCAAAACUUCUCUGGUUGUAUUGAAAACUUAUACAUAAACUCCACCAAUAUUGGUCAUGAAAUGAAAGUAGAAAGGGAGUACAUUUCUGCUUAUACAGUGCCACGUUAUUAUUAUCAGCACAUUCUGUACAGUUGCUUUGAUCGACCUAUUAUUCCUGUGACCUUUUUGACCACCACAUCAUAUGCCAGACUUGUUGGGUAUGAAGGUGUCCAAUCAUUGAAUGUAACCUUUUCGUUUAGAACCUAUGAACCAGACGGUCUUCUUCUGUAUCAUGCAUUUACUGCUGGGGGCUUUCUGAAGCUGUUCCUGGAGCAUGGAAAAGUGAAGGUGCAGAUUGAAACUAAUGGAAAUCCUAGAGCAACACUUGACAACUAUGAUGUUGAGUUUAAUGAUGGACGCUGGCAUGAAGUUACAAUAACAGUGUUGAGAGAUUUGUUGAUCCUCUCUGUUGACAAUCAGCCCAUGAGGACCUCUAGAAUAAUUAGAAUGACAACUGGCCUUCACUACCUGAUCGGUGGUGGUGUUCAUGGUACACCAGGAUUUGUUGGGUGCAUGCGGAAAAUAAGUGUUGAUGGCAACUAUAAACUUCCUACAGACUGGAAGGAGGAGGAGUAUUGUUGCAAGAAUGAAGUUGUCUUUGACGCCUGUCAAAUGAUUGAUAGGUGCAACCCAAACCCCUGCAAACAUGGAGGCUUUUGUCGACAGGACUCUCAUGAAUUCUUUUGUGAAUGUGCUGGGACAGGGUACACUGGAGCAGUGUGCCAUACCUCUUUGAACCCUCUGUCAUGUGAAGCUUAUAAAAACACCAACCCUGUUGGUCAAAAGGCACUUGUGAAAAUUGAUGUGGAUGGAAGUGGGCCACUGCCUCCUUUCCCUGUAACGUGUGAAUUUUAUAGUGAUGGAAGGAUUAUGACAGUAGUCAACCACAACAAUGAAGAUCCCACCCCAGUGGAUGGGUUCCAAGAACCUGGAAGCUAUGUUCACAAUGUUAUUUAUGAAGCUGAAAUGACACAAAUUGAGGCACUUAUCAAUCGAUCCAGCACUUGCCGUCAAAGGUUGCACUAUGCCUGCAAAAACUCAAAAUUGCUCAACUCUCCCUCACUUCCCAACAUGCCGUUCCAACCUUUCUCAUGGUGGGUGUCUCGAUCCAAUCAGCGCAUGGACUAUUGGGGAGGUGCUUUACCUGGAUCACGUAAAUGUGAAUGUGGAAUUUUGGGGACCUGCAGAGACCCCACUAAGUGGUGUAAUUGUGACGGAAGUUCAAUCAAUAAACUUGGUCACUAUGAUGAAUGGUCAGAGGAUGGGGGUUACCUCACACAAAAAGAAUAUCUCCCAGCCAAACAGCUACGCAUUGGAGAUACAGGAAACCCAGUAGACAACAAAGAGGGCAGAUUUACUCUUGGGCCUCUGAUUUGUGAGGGUGAUGACUUGUUUAAUAAUGUUGUCACCUUCCGGAUAGUUGAUGCUACCAUUGAUUUGCCAACAUUUGACAUUGGCCAUAGUGGUGAUAUUUAUUUUGAAUUUAAAACUACAAUUGAAAAUGCUGUCAUAUUGCACAGCAAGGGCCCUACUGAUUACAUAAAAAUUUCAAUCAUUGGUGGAAACAAGUUGCAAUUCCAGUACCAGGCUGGAGGAGGGCCACUUGGUGUUAGUGUAGAAACAGCAUACAAACUGGUUGACAACCGAUGGCAUUCGGUUUCAGUGGAACGCAACAGGAAAGAGGCUCGUAUAGUUGUGGAUGGUGCAUUAAAAGCUGAAGUGAAAGAACCACCAGGACCAGUUCGAGCUCUUCAUCUUACCUCAUCUCUUGUGCUGGGGGCUUCAGUUGAUUACCGAGACGGCUUCGUCGGCUGCAUUCGAGCUAUGUUACUGAAUGGACAGCUUGUGGACCUGAAAAGAUUUGCACGAUACGGCUUGUAUGGUGUGAGUCCUGGCUGUGUUGGUAAAUGUGAAAGUAAUCCAUGCCUGAAUAACGGCACUUGCCAUGAGCGUUAUGAUGGAUAUAAUUGCGACUGUCGUUGGACUGCAUUUAAGGGGCCUAUUUGCGCUGAUGAAAUUGGUGUUACCAUGAGAGCUGGUUCAAUGAUCAAAUAUGACUUUAUGGGAAGUUGGCGCUCAACCAUAUCAGAGAACAUUCGUGUUGGAUUUACGACUACAAACCCGAAAGGCUUCUUGCUUGGCUUCUUCUCUAAUAUCACUGGCGAAUACCUGACCAUUAUGGUGUCAAACAGCGGUGUGCUUCGUGUUGUAUUUGAUUUUGGUUUUGAAAGGCAAGAGAGAUUCUUUGAAGGAAAGCAUUUGGGUCUAGGACAGUAUCAUGAUGUAAGAAUCAGCAGGAAGAAUGGUGGUUCCACACUUGUCAUGCAGGUCGAUAAUGAGAUCAAAGAAUUUAACUUCUCUGUGAAGGGAUCAGCUGAUGCUCAGUUCAAUAACAUUCAGUACUUGUACAUUGGCCGCAAUGAAUCAAUGAAUGAAGGUUUUGUAGGAUGCAUAUCGCGAAUUGAGUUCGAUGAUAUCUACCCCCUCAAGUUGCUGUUCCAAGAGCGAGGUCCUCCAAAUGUCAGGUCCCUUGGUACUACCAUCGCCACCGAAGACUACUGUGGUGUUGAACCAGUGACUCAUCCUCCAUACAUCCCAGAAGUGAGACCACCGCCUCUCUUGGACGAUGAGAAAGUUCAAAAAGCUUACCGCCGCACCGAUUCGGCCAUUCUCGGCGGCGUACUGGCGAUCAUUUUCAUUGCUCUUGUAAUAAUGGCCAUUUUGCUGGGCCGGUUUUUGGCCCGGCACAAGGGCGAGUAUUUGACCCAAGAAGAUAAGGGCGCCCAGUAUGCCAACGAUCCUGACUCGGCGGUGGUUCAAGGGGAACGGGGACAUCAAGUAACAAAACGGAAAGAGUGGUUUAUUUGAAGUCAGCACGCCUUUUUUCGGUUUGGUUCAUUUUAAAGAGUUUCAGUCGCCCUCCUGUGAGGAUUUCUUAGUUACCUUUUCCCUUUUGUUUUUAUCUGUGAAAAUAAUGCCAGUGUUUUGGUGGCUAAUGAUCUUGUUAGUAAAUUUCGAAAUUGGGAAUCCAGGUAGAGAGAUCUAGUCCCACCAGUAUAUUGUUAUUUGAUUCUAAGCUUAUACAUUUGGAGUUGGAACAAAAUUCUUGCUGAAUUAAUUUAGCACUGAUGGCAUUUGUGCUGUUCAAGAUGAAUAUACUGUGGUAUGUCCCUUUUUUUUCUAAACUCAGUAUUUUAUUCUCUGACCAAUAUUUAUAAAUAUAUAUACCAAUUUUUACUUUAUAACAAACAGACUCCCCUUUUCUAUUUUGUUAAAAAAAUUGUUACUAUUUUCCCUGUUGUCCCACUUUAAUUUCUUACUGUGGGCUUAGCUAGAGGAAUCAUUCCUGCAAACGUUUUGUUUGGAUCAAUCUUUUUGUACAAAAUCUCAAUUGUUGCUCUUUCAGUCUUUUCCUUUUUGCACAAAUAUGCUUUAGGCCUGUUAAGUAGGUAAGUUCUGUAUAGAGCUGAUGAUUGCUCUAGUAUUUCACUUUGUCUUCCCAGGUCGUGCAAGUAGAAUACAAUCAUUACUAAGAGUCAACAGGUAAAACACUGUGGUAAUCUUAAUUUUUUUUGUAUUAUCCUAUAUGAGUUGCUUUCCCCUCCUCUUCGAAUUUUGAAUCAAUUUUAGAUUUGCCAUAAGAGUUAUGUAUUUAGUAUGAUUGUUUCUCAUUUUAAUUUAGUUAUAUAACAAUAUUUAGCAAAGUUGGUUUGUAUAUUGUUUUGAGUUUAUUGGGACGAUACAUCUUUCCUGAAGAUGAGAUAACAAGGCAUCUGCCAUAUUUAUUUCCAAGGGGCACUGCACUCAUAUUAGUGACUUGGAAAAUGUAGUUUGGUGCACCCAUAGUAUUAAAUGAUCUGAGGCUAUGGUGAGCAAUUGUUUAGUGUGAUCAUAGCCUAGAAAUCUUUAGGUUAAAAUUAAUUUGAUGGAGCCAAUGUGUGAUUUUCUGGCUCUGGUUGUUCCAUCUAUUUUUUAAUGUGUCAUGUGGUAGACCGAUGAUUGUGAGCAGCCUAAUGCCUGAACAUAGUUCUCACUUAGUUUCCUUUGUAAUUUUAUACAUUUUUACUUAAACCUUAGCAUGUAUAUCACAGAAAUUAUUUACAUUCAACCCAUCCAGAAGUACAUCAUUGCUUAUUUAUUCUUUAGAGAGGGAACAAUGCUUGAUGUCCAUUGUUUUGUGAUUGCCAUGUUAUGUAUUAUAAAUGGCUGAGAGUAUUCUGUCAAUCAGCCAUUGGUCAAGGGUACACUGCCUUAAAUUUUUGAGCAGUGAGAAACUGAAAACCAUCACACUGGUUGAUCCUGUUGCCAGGGAAGGGCGUGAAAGGUUUUCAGGGAUGUGUAGACUUAAUUAGAUCCGUCCAUUACUGUGUAUUACUCACUUAAGACUUGAACUUUUCUAUGUGCGUCUUAUAACUUGUUGCCAGUGUCAGUAUUUUUUUAUUAUUUUGAAUUGAAAGCUGUUACUUACCUUUCAUGAUAUGAAUCAGAGUAAUUUUCUCAUACUUGCUUAUUUUUUUUUGUAUAUUUCUUUUUGUUUUAUAUACAUUCCAUAAAGAUUUUUUUUUAAUCCAUGUCAACGUUUUUUCUUCUUGUGCUUGACUUCUUAAAUAAAAAAUUGUUGGAUCUGUUUAUUUUUAGUAUCCAAUCAGUGUAAAUUACCAAAUUAUUUUGUUAGACAUGAUUUGUGGCCCUUACAUGUCCACUUUGGGAAAUUGGAAGGUGCACAUAAAUCAGUGAUCUCAUAAGGAUGUAUAAAAGAUGUACAAAAACAACACUGAAAUAAAUGUUUGGUAUUUCUUUACUGAA